AUGAAGUUGACAACAUUAGUUUUCCUUGUGCUUGGGACAAUCAUCCAACUGUCUCCGAGUUUGAUCAGAGCAUGCGAGAUGAAAGACCUUGAGCCAUGCCUCUUACCGAUCAUCGGUGGAAUCCCACCGACUCCACACUGCUGCGGAAAACUGAUAGAUAACAAGGCGUGCAUGUGCGGUUUCAUCAACGACUAUUGGUUGGGUACAGUUUGGAAAAGUCCCAAUGGUCACAAACUUUUCGAUGCUUGUAAAAUUCCAUAUCCUACUUGUUGA